AUGGUUAGAAGUAAAGAUGGCACUAUAAUUGCAAUAGCUUAUGGAAAUGGGUUUCUACUAUUUGAUUCAAGCAAUUUUUAAAGCUUAAACUUGAUAAAGUAAGUGAAUUUAUUUAAUAAUCAAGUAGAUAAUUUAGAUAUUACAAACGACAAUAAAUGGAUUAUAUGCACAUAAAUCAAUACAGGUUAAUAUGGAUUUGUAAAUAUUUCAGACAAAAGUAAUAUUUCACUUAAAAUUUUGUAUCGCACGAUAAGUGUUUAAGGAGUAGUUACCUUUUAAAAUGGAGAUUAUGCAUAUCUUUAUAGUGGAUCUAAAGGAUUGAUCAUUUUAGACACUUUAAAACUCCCAUAAAUAGCUAUUGUUGGAACUUUAUAGACAAGCGGAUGGACAAACUACAUAAAUAUACUGUAAAAUGAGAAUUUUUUGAUUAUAUCCUAAACAAACUCAGAAAUGGUAUUAUUGAUUGACAUACAAGAUAAAGCUAAUCCUCAGAUACUCUCUAAAGUAUAGUUAAAUAGCGAUGUAGGAUAUUCUUCAUGUUUAUCAUAAGACCAAAGUUCACUAUUUAUUCUAAGUUAAAAAGGAUUAAGGGCUCUCCCUAUUUAAUCAAAAAUUUUAUUCAAUUAAAUUCAAUAUAUUUAUGACUCUAUUUCUUAAUCCUAUUAGCAAAUUAAUAGUAAAUAAAAUUUUAAAGUUGGUUUUUCUUAUUCUAUUUUCUUAACUCCUCUUUAUCCUAUUUAAGGUUAAUAAAUCACUGACAUUUUUUAUUAUUAAAAUUUUCAAUAUGAACCACUUCCUGACUGGAUUACUUUUUCAUAUACAGAGAACACUAUUUAUAUCAAAGCUACUAAAGAAGGUUUGGGCUAAUCUGAAAAAAUCCCUUUAUCAAAUUAAAAUAUAAUCCUCUUACAAGUCUAAAGUCCCCUCUCUUAAGAUAGUUUCAUAUAUUCAAAAGAUACUGAUGGAAUAGCUUUAAAUUAAGAUUAAAGUAGUUUAAUUUUUUAAUAAAUGAGAGAAAAAUUUUAUAUUACCAAUUAAAAUUUAACAAAUCCUUAAUUUUUUUAGCAAUUCGAUUAAAUAAGCUUAAGUCUUUAAGGAUUUAGUAACGAUUAGCUUCUACUUUUAACUUAAUUAACUCUCAGAAGACUACUUUAAAGUAUUUAAAUAGUCCCAAUUCAGUUUGCAAUUGAAUCAUCCUUAAAAUUAGAUUUUACUAAUCCAUAAUAAUUAAUAGAUACUUCUUAAACCAACCUCACAUGCUAAUUUUAGGUGAUUGACGACAGCUAUGGGGUUUUCAUAAAUAAAUCUUAUGAUGGAGUAUUAAGUUUUUUGAGUUUAGAUUCCAGAUAGCUCGUGUUGCAAGGAGUACCACUUAGGAUAAAUUAAAUUUUAAGUGAAAAAAGUUUAUUGUUUUUGAACUUUACUGAAAUAAAUUAGAUAAAAUUUAAUCUUACAAUUUCAGAUUACGUCAAUUUUGAUGUUUUUUAAAAUAUCUCCCUUUAUAAUUCAAAUUUUAAUAGUUUUACAUUAUACAAGCCUGUUUAAUUAAAAUUAAAGCUUUAAGAUUAGCUUGAAAAAACUCAUCCUAAUGGAGUUUUAUACAUAAAUAGCUAAGUUGGUUUCUAAUUUGAUAAUUUAACUUUCGAAAGUGCAGAUUUAUCAAGUAUUUCUUAUAUCAUAUUAAUAAAAAGUAAUAAUUAAGAAUAACUCUAAAAUUUAAACUUUUAAAACCAAAUACUAUUAGAAAAUAUAAAAAAUUAAUCUGCUUUAGGAUAUUAGCUUAUACCUCUAGAUUUCUGGAUGGAUGUAGAUGUUAUUUAACUGAGAUUUACUGGAUACUCAAGUCAACAGCUUUAUUUUAAUAAUUAUUAAUUUAAAAUAAUAGCAUUUGAUGGAUAUUCAUUUGCUGAAGACGAAUUUUAAAUUCAUUUGACAGGAAUUCCUGCCUCAUUUAUUGUACUCAUUAUCUUAUAUGCUUUAGGGCCAUUAAUAAUAUUAGCAAUCAUAUUUAAAUUGAGAAAAAGUCUUUAAAAUUUGUAUAUUUUAAAAAAGUGGGGAAGAAAAUACUAGGAAUAAGUCAAUGCAAACAGCUACUACUUAAAAAAAAUUGUAUUUGUAGGUGAUAAUUUAAAGUAAGCUCAAAAAUUGAUGGAUGCUAUGAUUGAAUUCAUUUUGUCUAAUGAUAGUAAAUUUAAAAAUUAUUGUAAAUAAAAUAUUUUAGAUACCAAAUUAAAAGUAAACACUAAAAAGAAAUAUAAUACUUAGCUUCAAAACGAAUUAGAAAUUAAAUUUUCUAACAACGAUGCUGCUAAUAAGAGAAAAUAAAUAUCAAAGAGCUAUUACAAUAACAUUGUCCCAAAAAAUUUUGCUUCACAAGAAUUAAAAGAUUAAAAGGAACUUGCUAAUAUUUUUAAAUAAACGAGUUCCAAUGUAUAGCAGCUUAAAAAUUAACAAGAACAGGGAAUAAAUAAAUUUCUGGAAUAUAAAUCUUCAAAAACUAUCAAAAGAAAUAAAAGCCUCAAAAAGUUAAUCCUUUUAUUUAUUGAUUAAGAAACAAAAGAUCUCAGCAUUCAAAAAAUAGCUUACUUUUUAAAAUACUUUGAUAUAAAAUACCAUUUUGAAGGUAAAACAUAUGAGCCAGAAUACUACAAUUAUUAGAUUAUCUUAGCUAUCAAACAUUACUUCACCUUAAGAAACUAGUAAAACUUUAUUAAAACUAAAGAAAAGACUAUAAAACCAUAUCCAGAAAUAUUUUUUGAUAUUGACAUGAUUCAAAGUGAUCUAAAAAUAAUAUUUGAAGACAUUCAAGAAAUAUUUUAAAAUAAAAAAAAAUGCUCUAUACACCUUAGGAGUAGUGAAAUAGAUAUUAUUGAAUGCUUUAAGCAUGAUCUUUCUGUUUAAUUUUACAAUUUAAGGUAUUACUUCUAAAAAACUUCUUAUUAGUUACUCCUAAGCAAAGGUAUAAACUUAAUGCCAAAUUGGAUUAAGUUAGAAAUCAAAAGUCAAAAUUGUUUAGUUAUCCAUGGAAUUCCUACAUUUUAUGAACUUGGCUAGUUAUAAAUUAGAAUUUAUGAUAAAAGAAAAAUAAUAGUGUGUCAAUUUAGUUUGUAAAUAUUAUUGAGAGGAUAAAAAAAUGUCCAAUCUGCGAAGAAUGUUGGCUCUUAAAACCUAUAAAAUGGAUUGACUUUCAUAAAUAAAUUUUCAUCAGUGAUAUUAUCUAAUUAAAAUAUAAAUAACUAAUAGCAGAAUCCAUAACAGUACCAAUAGGAAUAACAAUAAUAAGAAAAGCUUUCGCCUCUUAAUCUAAAAGGUGAAUAAGAUCAAAACAUAGAGCAACAAAAUAUAUCUUUCAAAUCUAAGAUUAAAAGAUAAAGUUCAAUAGCCAGAUCGUCAUUUAUAUCAAUUAAACUUAACUAAAUAAACGAAAUUGAUGAUAAACUGACAGAAAGAAAUGCUUUCAAAAAUAGAUAGGAUACAUAAGAGUUAGAUUUAGCUGAUGAGUGUGCAAUACAUUUAAAUUUCUCCUAACAUAAAAAAUUUAAAAGAAAAGAAACAAUUUAAGAUUGA